CUGUGACACACAUUCUCCCUCCACAUGAACCACUCUGUUGCUCUCUCUCUCUCUCUCUCUCUCUCUCUCUCGGGCCACACAUGGACUAAAAGUUAGACAGACAAGCUGGGGAAAAGAGUGGAUGGUUAUUGACCUGCUUCCAUCAGCCACUGCAGAGGGACAUUGAAAAGGGAACCCACAAGCUGUGGGUUGCCAUGGACACCUUUUUCCGCCGACACUUUAGACUGAAAGGUGCGGAACAAUGCCAAUACAGGCGGCCUGGCGUGGCGGUGCCCACAAGCAAGGCUCGCCGGCGCUCCAGUGUAGGACUGCCCUCUGCUGGCCUGGUCCAACGUAGGCGCUCUAGUGUGGGACUGCCAUUCACAGGUCCUGUGGGACGCAGAAGGUCCAGUGCAGGCCUGUUGCCGACUUCUCAAUCCCAACGAAGACGUUCCAGUGUUGGCCUGCAGUCAGGUUAUGUGGGCCGUAGAAGUUCCAGUGUGGGCUUGGCCUGCGCUGCUCACCAACAACGCAGGCGCUCCAGCGAGGUGCAGGGGUUACCCCACUGUUAUUAUGGAGGGGCGCAGCUAGUGAGGACCAGAUACUACACCAGGCGUCGCUCCAGCACCACCAUGGCCUGUGUCAAUCCCCGCUUCUCUGUCCGCCGCCGGCGAGCCGCCAAGCUCCGCACCAUUGACACCCAACUGCUGGGGCCUUCCAUGCUGCUGGCCAGCCUGGUCCAGAUGAGUGCGGAGCAGCAGAGGGCACCAGGGGCGCAGGGCGGUGAGGGGGCAUCCGGAGAGGGCACUGAGAGCUGCCCCUCCUCCUCGUGCUGCUCCGAGUCGGAAGGGGACAGCUGCAGUCAGAGAGAGUGUAGCACCAGGUCGGAGGGCAGCGGAAGUGAACGAGAGGGGACUGAGGCAUCAUCAUCAUCAUCAUAUCCAGAGGGAGAGAGGACGUGGGAGGACUGGAAUCAGGCUCAUAGUAUGGCAGCCUUGACGAUGGAGAGCAUCCAGUCCCGGCCCCUGAUCCGCGCCCCACGCUGCCUGCGCCGUAACUCCUCCCACCUGCUGCCGGCAGAGGCGGUGCACCGUAGCAGGGCGGCCUACGGUGUGCACGGGCACUACCGACGCUCCAGCCAGUUACGGAGGCCUUCCACCAUCUCCAACAGCGCCUGGCAAGGCAGGCUAGUCCCCGCAUCCAGCCGCAGGAGCUCUAUAGUGGCCCGCCACUCCUCCCGUUCCCUGUAUAGGAACUGUUCCGCUUGCUGGAAGCCCAGGGGCCGCAGGGAGUCCCUCAGCCCCCUGCAGGGUACCUACUACGACCCCCGCCUGGAGACUUGGAGUGGAUUCGUCUCGAAGGCCAUUGCUAAAUCGGGUCUACAGCACCUGUCUGCCCAGCCCAGUGCCUCAGCCCUGGCCAAGUUUGACCCAGACAGGGAGAUCCGGAGCAGCUGUGACUGGACCGAGAACGCCCUGUAUGGGGAGCACAUCUGGUUUGAGACCAAUGUCUCUGGGGACUUCUGUUACGUCGGAGAGCAGCACUGCUUCGCCAAGACACUGCAAAAAUCUGUAGCCCGGAAAAAGUGUGCAGCCUGCAAGAUAGUGGUUCACACAAUCUGCAUAGAACAGUUAGAAAAGUUAUUCGAGGCUAUGCCCUAUGAAGACAGCCUGCUUAUCGAAGACCCCGCCUUUAGAAUAAACUUUAGGUGUAAACCGUCAUUCAGGGAAUCGGGGUCUAGGAAUAUACGAGAGCCAGUCCUCCAAAGACAAGGUGCUCUAAAGUGCCUCAGGCGGAUGGCUAACUGCAUGGCCACCCCUUUCCUGAGCCAGUCCCAGCCCACCGUAGUGCGGCACCAUUGGGUCCACCGGAGGCGCCAGGAUGGGAAGUGUCGCCAGUGCGGGAAGGGUUUCCAGCAGAAGUUUGCCUUUCAUAGCAAAGAGAUUGUGGCCAUCAGCUGUUCAUGGUGUAAACAGGCAUAUCACAACAAGGUGUCCUGCUUCAUGCUGCAGCAGAUCGAGGAGUCCUGCUCCCUGGGUGCUCAUGCCUCUGUCAUCGUACCCCCUACUUGGAUCCUCCGGGUUCGCAGACCUCAGACCUCGCUAAAGGCGAGCAAAAAGAAAAAACGAACCUCGUUUAAGCGCAAGUCCAGCAAAAAGGGAGUAGAGGAGGCGCGCUGGAAGCCCUUCAUAGUUAGACCCAUUCCCUCUCAGCUCAUGAAGCCGCUGUUGGUGUUUGUCAACCCAAAGAGUGGGGGGAAUCAGGGAGCCAAGAUUAUCCAGUCGUUCAUGUGGUACCUGAACCCUCGCCAAGUAUUUGACCUGAGUCUGGGAGGACCCAAGGAUGGGUUAGAAAUGUACCGUAAGGUGCAUAACCUGAGGAUACUGGCAUGCGGAGGGGAUGGCACGGUGGGUUGGAUCCUGUCUGCUCUGGACCAGCUCCAACUGAACCCCCAGCCUGCAGUAGCCAUCCUGCCUCUGGGGACAGGCAACGACCUGGCCAGGACCCUCAACUGGGGGGGUGGUUACACAGAUGAGCCGGUGUCUAAGAUCCUGUCUCAUGUAGAGGAUGGGAACGUCGUCCAGCUCGACCGGUGGAAUCUAAUAGUGGAGCCCAACCAGGAUGCUGUUGCAGAGGAGAGGGAUGAGCAGCAGACAGACAAGCUCCCUCUCGACGUCUUCAACAACUACUUCAGCCUCGGCUUCGACGCACAUGUGACACUAGAAUUCCACGAGUCUCGAGAGGCCAACCCGGAGAAAUUCAACAGCCGCUUUCGGAACAAGAUGUUCUAUGCAGGGACGGCCUUCUCGGACUUCCUCAUGGGCAGCUCCAAAGACCUAGCCAAACACAUCAAGGUCGUGUGCGAUGGCACCGACCUCACCUCAAAGGUUCAGGAUCUGAAGCUGCAGUGCCUGGUGUUCCUCAACAUUCCCAGAUACUGUGCUGGUACCAUGCCAUGGGGCAACCCAAGCGAGCACCAUGACUUUGAGCCACAACGGCACGACGAUGGCUGCAUUGAAGUUAUCGGCUUCACCAUGACCUCUCUGGCCACGCUGCAGGUCGGAGGUCAUGGUGAGCGGCUGAACCAGUGCAGAGAGGUGACCCUCACCACCUACAAGUCCAUCCCCAUGCAGGUAGAUGGGGAGCCGUGCAAGCUAGCCCCCUCCACCAUCCGUAUCUCCCUGAGGAACCAAGCGAACAUGGUGCAGAAGGCCAAGAGGAGGACAUCUAUUCCGCUGCUCAAUGACCAGCAGCCCUUCCCGGAGAGGUUAAGGAUCCGGGUGAACCGUAUUAGCAUGCACGACUAUGAGGCCCUACAUUAUGACAAGGAGAAACUCAAAGAAGCCUCUAUCCCACUGGGACUUAUCGUUGUCCCGGGUGACAGUGACCUGGAAACAUGUCGCUCCCACAUCGAGAGGCUCCAAGAGGACUUCAUCUCCAUUCAUCCCUCCUUCAAACGACUGGUGCUUCAGGAGGAUGAUGGAGCUAAAUCAAAGACCCUUUCCUCGCAGAAGCUUUCGCCAAAGUGGUGCUUCUUGGACUCCACAACUGCAGAUCGGUUUUACAGAAUUGAUCGUGCUCAGGAACACCUAAACUAUGUGACCGAGAUAUCCCAAGACGAGCUCUUCAUCCUGGACCCUGAGCUGGUCGUCACGGAGACGGUGAGCACCUCACCAGGGAUGCCUGAUCUGGUUGAUUCUUCUGGUGAAUUCCCAGAGGCGUCGAGCAAGUUUGCCUUCCCGUCCUCCUCCUCGUCUCCUCCCCCCUCACCGGGACCCAGUCCCACCAGCCCCCAAUCGGACAGCGAGGCCAUGGCCGUCAGACACAAGAAAUCCCACUUCUUCUUCUCUCCCUCCGGCUUCCCCUUUCCUGUCAGGAAGAGGAUCACGGAGCUCCAGAAGACCACUCAGAGGAAGCGAAUAUCCAGCGACAGCUCGGUGGUGGAGGCACUGGCACACAGCAGCUCCCUCAGGUCCAGUAAGCCUGCCCUCACCAGGGCAGGAUGUAUCCAUCGGUCUAACACUACUGCAGCUGAUUUCAACCCAACAUUGAGGUCGGAGCAGAAUACACUGUGCAAUACAGACAAAGUAUCACCGGAAGUGUUGAUUGAAUGUGUGAAGCGCAAAGACCAUCUGAAGCUGAAGGAACUGCACAAACUGGGAGCUGACCUGUCACUGCAGGACCCCUCAGGAUGCACCCUGCUCCACUAUGCUGUGGACACUGGUAGCAAGGAGACUGUCAAAUACAUCCUGGACAAUGCACCCACAGAUAUCCUGGAUAUUACAGAAAAGGAAAAUGGGGAGACAGUGUUGCACAAAGCAGCGUCACUGUGUCAGAGGACUAUCUGUCACUACCUGGUAGAGGCAGGGGCAUCCCUCAUGAAGACAGACUUACAGGGUGACACACCAAAGCAUCGUGCAGAGAAGGCCAAGGAUGCAGAGCUGGCUGCCUACCUGGAGAACCGGCAGCACUACCAGAUGAUCCAGAGAGAGGACCAGGAGACAGCUGUGUGACCUCCCUCUGCUCCCUGACCUCCAGCACCACUUCCCUAUAACCCUGUGCCAAAACUACUUUAGCUAAAAGAGGAAACUCACCAGAGAAGAUGGUUAAAAGAUCGCCAGUGUUGUAUUCUCCUGCUAGGGAGUUGGUUGGAAUCCUACCAGAUGAGAGGUCUUAAAGGUCCAUCAUGUGAGGUGCUUGUGACCAGUGGACUUGAUUAUUGCACUGCCAAAAGAAGCUGUUUUGUGUCGGAACGCUGGGAAGAGAUGGCACUUCUGUUACAUUUUUUUUUCUCCCCAGGUUGUGUUGCGCUUGCGAUCCACCUAGACUGAAUGUUGAAUUUUGCUCCAAGGUUUUUAGGACAGGAGCUUGGGUAACUGAAUGUCCAGGUCAUUGUAUUAUUAUACUCUCCGAUGGAGCUGUAUCUCUCUGUGUCUAUAAACAGCAGCAUGAGCGUUUCAACUGUACGGAUCACAAUGACUCAGUAGAUUUCAAAAGGGUAUGAACACUCUGAUCUGUAGGCCAGCUGUCUUUUAAGGCUACCAAAAAUGACAUUAUUUGGAUUACGGUUUUAUUUGUUUGUUGUACAUUAUUAUAAUUUGUUGACUGAUUUGUCCACCCAUAAUGCAGUGUGAUGGUAUCAAACUAUCCACGAAGGUGGGGAAUUUUACACGUAAUAGUUUUCUCAUCACCAAACAAUUUUGAAUUGAAUAAAUCAAUAUUGUUCUACUUUAUGAUCACUUGGCAAAUGUUUAUUUUAUUUCUUAGUUUUAAUAAGGAUAUUUGGUACUGUACACUUAUCGUACGUAGUAGCUCUGUGUUAAAGCAGUUUAUGCACUGCAGCUCCAAUUGCCUUGAUUUUCUUAUUUUGUUGGCUGAUUAGUUUGUAUUUAAUGUACUUAAUUAAGUCAUGGUGUAUUUUAAUUGCAUUUUUAAGCAGAUUGAUGUUUAUAUAAUUUGUACAUACUAUAAAUUUAAAAUGUUUUGUGUUUGGUCAUUAUUUACUAUAAAAAAUGUGCAUUUGAUAAUUAUUAUUUUCUGAACUACAAAGCAUUUCUUUUCUUGUGACAGAAGUCAAAGGCGUAUUUAUUCACCUCAACAUUUUUUACAGAUCCUUAACAUGCACAUGAAGCGGUUAAAUUAUGUUCAGCAAACUCAAAAAUGUUCUGAAGGUUUGAGUUGUCAAAUUUACAGGGUGGAUGUUGUUGUUUUUUUACAUACAAAAAUAAUAAGUUGUCUUCACACAAACCAAUCGUUUGUGGUUGCUAUUUAUUUUCCAUAGUUAUAAUCUGUUAAAAUUUGACUGGCCAUUUAAACCAGCAAUAUAAUUCAACUUAAGUUAUAAAGACCUGUGAUUCAUUUAAAUGGUGUUAUAUUGUGUAGAGAGUGAUGGGAAGGAAUUGGUCUCAUUCCGAAAGCUAUCCUACAUUUUAACUAGUUUAAUGUAGCACCACAGUAACUGUGGAUCGACUGCUAUUUGAAAUUAGUUGUUUCUCUGGAUGUUUUUUCUCAUUAUUUAAUCACUAAACAUCCUUGUAAGACGUCCUUGUAAACACAUUAACAAGGUAUACUUUCAUAUACACAUUUUUUAUUGUGUUUGUUGUCUAAAGUUUAUAGUUUUGACCUUCAAACAACCAAUAAUGCCAACUAAGAUGCAUUUCAUUGUAAAUAAUAGCUGUUCUCUAUUAUGGCCAGAUACAUGAAUAAAUGUAGCACUGAAUCAGUUGCUGUGAUGGGAAAUAUGUUGUCAAUGAAAGCCCUCGAGUGUUUCUAAUGCCAGACUGAAAAUAAGGUAUUUUUGAUUUGAUUAUGAAAAGUAAAUGAAUUGUGUAGUUAUACAUCAGUUAUUACGCCUCGUACAUAAUCAUAUGUUCUCACUGAAUAUUUUGGGGGUCCACUUUUUUAUUUUAUUACAUUUUUAACAAUAGAAACAUCCACAUGCAGACGCACACAAACAUCCAAAACAUCACGCCUGCCCAGACCAACCUGCUCACCACCCCCAGCUCCAGCGCCCGCAUCACUUUCCGCCACAUAGCCUCAAACUGCACCAUAUAGCCUCAAACUGCACCAUUUUGUUUCAUGGUCACACUGAUUGUCAGCAUUUUCAAUAAUGAAGACCGUAGGCCCCCUUUUAGUUGACUUCACCAUAGUUGAAUUAUGUUAGCCUUGACGCUGAGAAGAUUAGAUAUCAUUUGAGGCAUUUAUGAUUAUACUGCAUUCUGAAAGAGGUGCAUAUUUGAAUAGGUAUUGUAACAUAUAUCCUCCUGUUCAGAGACUGACAUGGAGAUGUAGGAAAUGUCCUUGCAUUUGUAUUAUUUGGAUGUAUAUUAACAUUCCCUCAUCAAUCUACACACAAUGCACCAUAAUGACAAAGCAAAAACAGGGGUUUAGACAUUUUUGCAAAUGUAUUAAAAAAUAAAAAGUACUAUUCAGACCCUUUACUCAGUGCUUUGUUGAAGGACCUUUGGCAACGAUUACAGCCUCGAGUCUUCUUGGGUAUGACGCUACAAGCUUGGCACACCUGUAUUUGGGGAGUUUCUCCCAUUCUUCUCUGCAGAUCCUCUCAACCUCUGUCAUGCUGGAUGGGGAGUGUUGUUGCACAGCUAUUUUCAGGUCUCUCCAGAUAUGUUUGAGCCGGGCUCUGGGGGCCACUCAAGGACAUUCAGAGACUUGUCCAAAAGCCAUUCCUGCGUUGUCUUGGCUGUGUGCUUAGGAUAUUUGUCCUGUUGGAAGGUGAACCUUCGCCCCAGUCUGAGGUCCUGAGAGCUCUGGGGCAGCUUUUCAUCAAGGAUCUCUGUACUUUGCUCUGUUCAUCUUUCCCUCAAUCCUGACUAGUCUCCCAGUCCCUGCCGCUGAAAAAUAUCCCACAGCAUGAUGCUGCCACCACCAUGCUUAACCAUAGGGAUGGCACCAGGUUUCCUCCAGAUAUGACACUUGGCAUUCAGGCCAAAGAGUUCAGUCUUGGUUUCAUCAAACCAGAGAAUCUUGUUUCUGAUGGUCUGAGUUAAGUGCCUUUUGGCUAACUCCAAGCGGGCUGUCAUGUGCCUUUUACUGACAGGUGUGUGCCUUUCCAAUCAUGUCCAAUUAAUUUACUUUACUCUAAUCAAGUUGUAGAAACAUCUCAAGGAUGAUCAAUGGAAACAGGAUGCACCUGAGCCCAAUUUUCUUGUCUCAGCACAGGGUCUGAAUAUUCAUGUAAAGAAGGUAUUUCAGUUUUUAAAUGUUAAUACAUCUGCAACAAAAAAAAGAAUACUUUUUUCUUUAUCAUUAUGGGGUAUUGUAUGUAGCUUGAUGAGAAAAAAAUAAUACAUUUUAGAAUAAGGCUGUAACAUAACAAAAUGUGUGAAAAGUCUGAAUAAGGGGUCUGAGUACUUUCUGAAUGCACUGUGUCCAAACCUACCACUGGAAUUAAACAAGCCAAAAUAUACAGAGGAAAACAUUGCUCAAACAUUUUACCUUCUGAAAGUCAGAGACACUUGUUGAAUAAGUAAGACUGCUCAUGAUUCAUCUUGACAUCACCAAAGGGGUGACACAUUUAUUAACAAUCAUGCCUCUUUUGAUAUCCCAGUGAAAGUUGCCUUUCUGUCGUCUAUGAUCUACCAUCUUGUACCAGUUUCAUCAGAAAAUAUUUUAACAGCAGAGGAAAGGCCAAACAGCACAUGUAGUACAAAGUGACCUCUUGAAAUAGAGUUGAAUAGCCUCAGCCUUAGUAGUAGUAAGUUGUGUGUGCUUGUGCGUAUACAGAUUUGAAUCUGGCCCAGAGACAUGCUGGCACUUGCAAAGCUAUUUUUUGGGAAGUCCAUCGCUCCAUAAUGAGUUUUGCUGUUGUCGUGUAGUUUUCUGUACAUUAACUCAACCAUUUCAACAUCUCACAUUGUCACCGUAGCUUUGUGUACUGACUUUACCCAUAGUUCACUUUGAACAGAAAAGACAUGGCUAUUAUUAUCAGACACCAUUUCAUGUGCCAUGAGCUCUGUCCUGUUAUGGUGUGUACAAGAAAACACUUCCCAUACUGGAGCUGUUAUCUCCAAUUGACUUAUUAGCCUUCAAACAGAAAUUGAAGUUCUGUUUGAAAUGACACAAAUUCCCCAACAUGAUAUUUGAUAUGCUAAUCUAAAGAUGCGCUACGUUCCCACUUUCCAUGUUGUCGAUUACUGCAAAGAGCACCCUCUCCCAUCAUCCUCUCCGUAUGUCCACUGGUUUUAAUUGUACUAUAUUCUUAAAGGUUCAGUAGAUAUCCACAGUCUUUGAAUUACAUACAAGUGGAAAGUGCUCUUUGGAAUGGCAGGAGCGUGGAACUACCAAUGCUAUAUCUGCAUGAAUGAGAACUUUACAAUGUUUGUUUUUUUAAUUUGCAAGCAUAAAACAAGACUUGUAGCUACAAAAAAACUUGAAUGAGUGCAAUGCAGGCAUGGGGCUUACAGUGGCUGAAUGGGGUCAGACAACUUCAUUUUUAAAGGAGCUACAGUAGACCAAGGAAUGGUAGUUUAUGUAUAUUAUCUGUGCGUUAUUUUGAGUUGCUGUGCAAUUCAGGGCAAGAGUAUCUAUUGCAAUUCUUUUUUUUUAAAUAGAGAGAACUGUGCAAUAUGCAUUUUUCUUUAUUAAAAAAUGUAUUUUAUUUUUUACUUGAUAUAGUGACCAAAAUGUGAUGGACAGACUGGUGUGCAAUGUUGACGAUAUCAAUCUGUGUAUUUGUUUCUAUUGGCACAUGUUUUUGUUAUUGUCUGAUUGGGGAGAGAAAAAAAAUAAAGGAUGGUACUUAAACAA